AAUCAGUUGGCUCAAAUUCAGGCAGCAGCUUGGGUUGGUCUGGAAUAGGCUCCAAACAAAUAACAAAAAUAAACUGAAAAUAUUUUUUUAAUAAUUCUUACAAACCGAAAAAAAAUAAAAAUAAAAAAGGGUGUCAUGCUGAAACAUCUCCAUCAACACUGAAAUGCGUACCUCGCCGCCGCAGCCACAGCCAGUCGACGCAGCUUCCACCGCCGAAGCCGCGGAGCUCCGCCUGAGGGAGGCGGAGCAGCGGCUGAAGGAAGCCAUAGAGGACCUGCAGCGCCGGCAGAGGGGCGAGCCGGCGAACCUCCACCCGCCGUGCGAUCACGCUGACGAGUCAUGCGUUGCGAAUGCCGUCGGGAACCUUUGCCAGAGCUUCCUGCUUUCUUACGGUAUUCGUGUGGGCAUCGGAAUUCUCCUCCGCGCCUUUAAGCUCGCCCGCCUCAAGUCCUAUUCCUCUCUACUGGAUAUCAAGAAAAGUGGAGUUAGCCUGUCCUCGAAAUUGACUAAGAGCAGAAAGGAAGCUCGUAAGAUGAUUUCGAUGCAAAUGGGACUCAUCUCGCAGGAGAAAGGAAAUGAAAAUAUAACUUUCUCUAGUAAGUUGCUCAUGCCAACUUGUUUCAGAGAAGGAUCUUAUAGUAAGAGAGGAAGCUUGUCGAAUUGGUUUACUUUUUGGGGGAUUCACCGGUUCCUACCAUGCUUUGAGGUGUUUGCUGAGAAAGUUGAGAAAGAAGGAGACUCCAAUAAAUGCGUUAUAAAAUCCCUAUCAUACCUUCAUGUUGUGUCCGUUAACAGUACAUGGGUAAUUCUUGCUGUAUUUAGAAUUUUAGCAGGUGCAAUAUCAGGCUUGUCUAUUUUAGCAUUAGAUGAUUCUAGCCGAAGACGCACACUGGCUUUAUAUCUUUUUGCUAGGCUAGCUCAGUGUGCAUAUAACUCUGCAAAAUCCAAAAACAAAUUCCAUCUAUGGGGAAGUCAUUGGAGUCAUGGGGAUACUCUACUAUUUUCAAUUGCUUGUGCGCAGAUUAUGUAUGCUUUUGUCAUGCGUCCUGAGAGCUUGCCAAAAUCAUAUCGAGACUUCAUCCAGAAAACAGGGCCCGUUGCCGAGCCUGUGUACAAAGCUGUGAGGGAUUGCUGUAGAGGUUCUCCAGUAGAUGUGGAUUCACUAUCUGCUUACCUAUCCAGUCGAAGGGCACCCAAAACUCUGAAGUUGGAAGAGUUCCCUCGUAUUAUACCCUGCUCUAUAAUUCAUCCUGAUACAAACUCGUGCUUAGUUCACAAUGGCAACGUUGCAACCUCAACUUUCAGAAAAACAUUUCCUCUUUACUUCUCUCUGACAUUUGUUCCAUUUGUGGUUCUGCGUUUACAGAAGUUUAUGGAUGCUCCAGUACGCACUUGUUGGCAUGCAGUUACUGGUGCUGUUCGAUCAACCACAUUCUUGUCUGCUUUUGUUGGUAUUUUUCAGGGUGUAAUAUGCUUGCACAGGAAAGUGGCAUUGCGGGACCACAAACUCGUGUAUUGGCUAGCAGGAGGGAUAUCUGCUCUCUCGGUAUUAUUGGAGAAGAAAGCUAGACGUGGGGAGUUGGCCUUGUAUGUUCUCCCACGUGCUGGAGAAUCUUUGUGGUACAUACUGGUCAAUCGUCGUUUGCUUCCCGAUAUCAAGAAUGCUGAGGUGGCUUUGUUCUGUGCAUGUAUGGGUGGAAUCAUGUAUUACCUAGAACACGAGCCGGAUACAAUGGCUCCAUUCCUAAGGGGCCUAAUUCGCCGUUUUCUUGCCAGCAGAAUAAGCAAUCCUGGCCCUCCAUCAAGUCGAAAUGCUUCUUACACAUAUCUACACACACUGGAUGCCAUGAAAAAGCCAGAUGUGCAGGACAGUCGAGAAGUUGAGACUUUGCCUCCUAGAAAAUACAAUCUUGAAUCCAUCCCUGGACUCUGAGCAUUUUUUUGGGCUUUUGCUCAGCAGAGAUGGCUAAGCAUUGAUUUAUUUAAUUCGGAAUUGCUUUGUUCUGGGCAUAUGAAAGCUAUUAUGGCCCAGAAAAGGGGUAUAAUGGUCAUUUUAAUUGAUUUGCUAUCCAGACUGCUGGUCUUAGAUUGAAAGCUGUGAAACCUCAUAAUAAAUUUUUGUUUAAAUGUUAUGCAAUUAAGUGAUGUUGUCAUAUUUGAACAACUCAAUUUCAGUCAAUAAGCAAAUCCGAGAAGAAUUUAACCGAGGCAGAUAGAUGAUCCUUCAGAG